CGGAAGUACUAAGAAAAGGGGGAGGUAAAGAAAAGUUCAUACAGUUUAUUGUAAUUCUAUUCAGCGGCAACAUUUCCAGCGGUGCGAGCCAGGAGAAAAACAGCUGAAUUUCUAUUCUUCAUGUAACAAAGAGUAAAUUAUUGGCGUCGUUUUGAAGGAUUCUGGUUGUAUUUCAGUUUACUCUGCUAUAAGGAAAAUGGGAUUGCCAACACUGGAAUUCAGCGAUUCUUUCCUAGACAGUCCAGAUUUCAGGGAACGUCUUAAGUGUCAUGAAAUUGAGCUCGACCUCACCAACAAGUUCAUUAAAGAACUGAUAAAAGACGGGAAUACGCUUAUUGCGGCGCUGAAAAAUCUUUCUGCAGCAGUACAGAAGUUUUCUCAGUCACUUCAAGAGUUCCAGUUCGAAUGCAUUGGGGAUGCAGAAACGGAUGAUGAAAUUAACAUUGCCCAGUCUUUUAAGGAGUUUUCCCAGCUGUUAAACACAGUGGAAGAAGAGAGGAGGCGCCUGAUACAAAAUGCAGAUGACGUCUUGAUCACGCCACUGGAGAAGUUUCGCAAAGAGCAAAUCGGUGCGGCUAAAGAAGGGAAGAAAAAAUUUGACAAGGAAACUGAAAAAUAUUACUCAGUGUUGGAGAAGCAUCUAAAUUUGUCAUCAAAAAAGAAAGAGGCCUUUUUACAGGAGGCAGAUAUGCAGAUCGAUAAAGAAAGACAAAUCUUUUAUGACGCCUCUCUUGAAUACGUCUACAAAAUUCAAGAAGUUCAAGAGAAGAAGAAAUUUGAAUUUGUAGAACCACUGCUAGCAUUUCUCCAGGGUCUGUUCACCUUCUACCACGAAGGCUAUGAGCUCGCACAUGAGUUUGAGCCCUACAAGCAGCAGCUGCAGUUCAACUUACAAAAUACCAGAAACAACUUUGAGAGCACGAGGCAGGAAGUGGAGAAGUUAAUGAAGAGGAUACGGUCUGUGGAUCAGGACUACAAAGCCCCGGGGCAGUGGACCAUGGAGGGCUUUCUGUAUAUCCAAGAAAAACGCCCCUUGGGAUGCACAUGGACGGGGCACUACUGUACAUAUGACAAGUCGGCCAAGACAUUCACCAUGACAAACACAGAAAAUAAAUCUAGUGCCAAACAGAACGGCCUCGUUGUGAAUUCGCCUGAGAUGUUCAAGCUGAAAUCCUGCAUCCGGAGGAAGACCGAUUCAAUUGACAAGCGCUUCUGUUUUGACAUUGAGGUGGUGGAGAGAAAUACCGUCUAUCAUGGAACUUUUUUCAGACCUCUUCAAAUUUUCUAUAAAGCCCGGCAUGGCAUCAUCACCUUACAGGCCCUGUCUGAGUCCAACAGGAGACUCUGGUUGGAGGCCAUGGAUGGCAAGGAGCCGAUAUACACUCUGCCAGCUCUUCUCAGCAAGAAAGAAGAGAUGUUCCUGAAUGAGGCCGGCUUUAAUUUUGUGAAGAAAUGUAUUCAGCUGGUGGAAACGAGGGGCAUUAACACCUUGGGACUUUAUCGAAUAGGAGGAGUUAACUCUAAAGUGCAGCGACUGAUGACAUCAUCAUUUGCAAACAAAGCCUCCACAGAUAUGGACCUGGAUCCAGACACUUGGGACAAUAAGACCAUCACUAGUGGCCUAAAGAAUUACCUCAGAUGUCUGUCUGAGCCUUUGAUGACGUACAGACUUCACAAAGACUUCAUUAUGGCUGUCAAGUCCGAUGACCAGAACUACAGAGUCCAAGCAGUUCAUGCCCUGGUCCACAAGUUGCCCGAGAAGAACAAAGAGAUGCUGGAUAUUCUAAUUAAACACCUGGUCAAGGUGUCUACUCACAGUCAAAUGAACCUGAUGACGAUUUCCAACUUGGGUGUGAUUUUCGGUCCCACACUGAUGCGCUCUCAGGAGGAGACGGUGGCAGCUAUGAUGAAUAUCAAGUUCCAGAACAUAGUGGUGGAAAUUUUGAUUGAGAAUUAUGAGAAGAUCUUUCAGCAGCCUCCGGACCCCAACGUGCCCCUACCUCAACCUCAGUCCCGUUCGAGUUCUCGCCGAACCAAGGCCAUCUGCCUGUCCACGGGCCCGCGGAAGCCAAGGGGCCUGUACACGCCGACGCUGUGCCUUGCCGACGCUGAUAGUGAUACGUUCAGCAGCAGCCCUAGCAGUACCCCUAUGGGCAGCAUCGAGUCGCUGUCCUCACACUCCUCAGAGCAGAACAGCUUCUCCAAACGGGGCCCCUCCAACCUGCCGAAGCAUAAGUCCAAAGGCAGUCUGUGCUGGACUCCAUCCCAGGUGUCCUCCAACGGGCCGAAGAGCUCCACCUACACCACCAGCCCGGACUCCAGCUCCAAGGAGGAUGCAGCCAAGACAGAUGGGGAGUCUGAGGACACCCAGAGUCUGUCCUCUGUUACCACGGCUGGGAGGCGCUCUCCUGCACUGGACCUGGCUGAGAAAGCCCCUCAGGACCUGCCAGACAGCAAAACCCCAGAACUGAACCGCUCAGCUGCACCGUCGCUCAGGUCGUUGCAUAUCUCUGAAGGUCAGAGAAGCCAUAGUGGUUCCUUCCAGAGUCUGGCAUCCUUGCACCAGACGGACACUCCAGCAUCCCAGAGCAACCCAGACUUACCCCCCAAACUGACCUUGCGGCGCAGACCGGAAGCCUCCACCAGUAACGGCUAUCAGAGGCCUGGAUCAAUAGUUGCUGCAAAAGCAAUGCUUUUCGAAAAGUCAACUUCCCCACAGCCCCCUGAAGCUGGCAGGGAUGCAAAGGCGAUGUACUCCUGCAAGGCAGAACACAGCCAUGAACUAAGCUUUCCCCAGGGGGCGCUAUUCACAAACGUACAUCCUUCUGUGGAACCUGGCUGGCUCCAAGCAACCUAUGAAGGAAAAACGGGGCUCAUCCCUGAGAAUUAUGUUGUCUACCUCUGACAAGUUCUGAAGACAGAGCCAGUACAUUUCAUGGUAUCCAUGUUAUCAGUUCCCUGUAAACGAGCAUUGCAAGAUCAGCUUCACAUUUGCACGACUGCUCUUUUGAAACAGUGCAUAGCUAAUAUGCAAUAAAAGUCAAAACCUCACCAGCAGAGUAAAUUCAUUUGCUAACAGUUUGUUUCAGAUGGAUAUUUUAAUUUAUGAAACCAUAUGAAAUUAAAGAUUUGUUAAUUAUUGCAAUGAUUACAUUUUUAAAUGGAGAUAUUGUUAAUAUUAUACACCUCAAAUCUGACCUCAGAUUUUCAUGUAUUUGACUGAUUGUAGAAACAUUUCGUAUUCGAUAUAUAAAUAUUUUCCACCUGAAAGAGAUUAAUUGUACAGUAAGCUAUUACUGUAAUUUUGUUUCAUUCAUGCAUUCUUAGUGAGCCUUGUGAGACGUAUGCGGUAGCCGCUAAAGAUGGAAGCGCUUGCUGCUUCCUCUCGAUCAGUCCAUACACCUCUGACAAGGCUCCGAAAUCACAUUCAUGUCGGGCACGAGCAACUUUGUCAUCUGCAUCACACCUAUCCGUAUAAAUGAGUAUUUGAGUGGAGAUUCAUUUUGUUGGGAUGACAUGCUGUAGAACAGGGUUAUUCAACUCACGGUCCUCAAGGUCCGAGCACUGCUGGUUUUCCAGCCUUCCUUUACCUGUCAGUCAGGUGUGAAGCCUCUGACCAAUCAGAAUCAGUAAUUAUUAAACAACUACCUGGGAGAACUGAAAACACGGCCUGGAUUUGGAAUCGAGGUCCAGAGUUGAAGAACCCUGCUGUAGAAUGUGUUUCUCAAUGUUUUUGCACCACAACCCAAUUUUUACCAUGCCAGCUCAGUCGCAAACCUAUAUCAAGUAUAGGUCUAAAUGAACACUAUGAUCAAGCACGCAGUGCACUCUGCAAUUUACAACAAUCAAUGCCUAUCGCACAAAUCUGAUUGGAUGUGCUGGUGAAUUUUAAAUUAAGCAAUUAUGGUUUGGCUCUUUGGAUUGGUUGAGUGUUCACUAGUUUCGUGCUAAGCAUUUGCAGAACCAAGACCCAUUUUUAUAGGCUAAUUCUAGGAUUGGGGCUGGGAAAUCUGACCGUAGAUCAGCAUAGGAGCUUGCUGGUUUUAAAAUGCUUACAUUUCCAGCCUUGCCUCGCAACCCUGUCAGAACUUGCUGUGACCCAAAUUUGGCUCACAACCCAGGGGUUGAGAAUCGCUGCUGUAGUAGCUUUAAAAAGUUGGUGUGUGUGUCUGUGUUUCUGUGUGUGUCUGUGUGUCUGCGUUCACCAUAUACACAACAAAAAUAGAACAGACUGAGAUGUAGUGUAAAAAAAUGGCAGAUGUUACAGUGCACUUUUAACAAACACUGAGGUACGCCGUAUAUCCAGAUUUUUUUCAUCCCUUCGUGUGUUCUGUGCUCAGAAACAUGACCAAUAGUUAAAUCCCUAUGGUGACUAAAUGUACCAUAUAAAUGAAAGGUUAAUAUUUAAGUGAUUUUUUUUUUGUGUUGCCAAGUAAAGUUCAAACGUUCCUGUAUAAACAUGCUAUCAAUACAGUAUUUUUUUCCAGAUUUUUUCAGCUGAAGGGCAUUAUUGUGCAUUAUCCUUGUUCGGUUCAUCACUGAUCAUUUUAUGUUGUUAUACCUGCCAGAGGCCUGUUGAAUUGGAUUAAUGGACAUCAAUUCAGUGUACAGAACGCAUAUAUUGUUAACAUCCCUGCUACAUGUGUUGUAUCGUUUUUCUUCUUUCUUUGUUCAGUAACUUUAUUUUAGUAGUGCACUGGUGCGCUACAUUGUGCAUAUGGCAUCAUAGCAAGUAGCAUAUAAUGUAAUAAAUAUUGAUCAUUAAAUACUGAAUAUGUAGUUUAGCUGUAAAAUGUAUGUAAGUGUAGGUAGUAAACUGAAGCAGGUGGUAUACCAGCCUACGUAUCAGUAUGUAAAAUGUUUUCUAUUUAUAUAUUUCUUUCUUUUAUCAACAUGUACCCAUUUUGAAGAGGUAUAGAAAUCUUGCUUUUUUGUUUUACAAGUAUUAAUAAACUGUCCAUGGUGAUUUUAUUAUUUUAAAAACUGGUAUUAUUGUAAAAAUGUAAUAAUUGUUGUGAUUGUUAGAUGUCAUAAUAAUGUUAAUAUUUUUACUGCAUGUUCAACCCCCCAUAAAUUUUUGGCAAACAGUCCUCAGUGUACUAAGUAUAAAAGAGAUAAGAUGUCACAUGGUCUGCUUUCUGUUAUUCCUUUAUUUAAAAUGAACUUUCACAAACCCAAGGAAGACCAAGAAUCCACCACUGCAUCUGGCAUCCAGAUCUUGCUUAUUAAGACCCAGUGAGAAUGUACAAUAAACUUUAUGAAUGA